UACUUCUACAAACGGCAUGCCGAGAACGACGGCUUCACCGAGGCAGUCGAGAAGGCGAGUACGGUGACGUGAGGUAACCUUCGCCAACUUGGUUUGGUCGCAGUUACUUAUCUCAUUGUUUGAUCUUCGCCCGCUUCACUUCGACUUAAUCACCACCCAACUCUUCUUUCUUCUUCAUGUCUUCACAAAGUAGCCAGUUGGCGUUUGUAUACUUCUCACAUCUCUUGUACUUAUGUACCCACCCUAGCAUUGCAGAGCUCGGGCUUUUUACUUCUUUGCCCUCGCUCGAGGUUGCAUUAUUCAGCCAUGUGAAUUCGGAACAUAGUUUCAUUUCUCACAGAACAAAGUUCUGCCCCCAACCCAUCAUGAAAUCAAAUCCUGAAUCAGUAAUGAAUAAGGUAUCUCCCGUAUACCCCGGUAAUAGGUAAAAUGAAGACAAUGCACCGCUCAUUCACCCAGCAAUCCCAUAUUGUACUCAACCCAACCCAA